CUUUGUAACGUGCUGGUCUGUGAAUGAUGGUCCCUGCUAUAGAUGGUUUACAAGAGGCAGAUCAUUACAUACACUAUGACGCGUUCCUGGCCGAGGACUUUGACGCAAAUCAGUAUGUCAACAGUGCUAUAAACGAUUCCGAUUCUUCAGAGGCAGGAGACGCUGCUACUGCGCUGGCAAAACUAUCUUUCAACGUUGACAGCCUUGAAAAGCAGAUAAAAGAUCAGGUCACCUCACAUCAUGGAGUCUUGUUGCAACAGGUCAUUGGAAUAAGAGAGCUGGAGUCAGUUCUCAUGACAGUCAACGACAGCAUCGACGGCUUGAAGGAAUCAUUAGCGAGCUUGCGUAAGAGAAUUCGAGAGCCAAACGAAAACCUUCAAUCGUACAUCGCGCAAUUGGAACGCUUAGGAUCUGCAGCUGAUAUUUUACGAGAUGUGCACCGGUUUUUACAUCUUUCGCGGCGACUAGAACUACAAUACCCACUAGACUCAAGUUCUGGAAAGAAUGUGACAGAUGCACUGGAUGCAAAAGUUAACACUGACCGAGAUCUCAGCAAAGCAGCAUUGACCUUAUCUGAACUUGAAUUGAUUCUAGCAACCUCUGACUUCGAUGGCAUUGAAAUUGUGGAUGAACUGCGACCUCAGAUAGAAAAAGCUCAUGGUCGUAUAUUUGAGGAGGCCGAUCGAGUCUUACAGCAUGGAAUUGAGACACAAAAUCAAGCCGAGAUUGCGGUUGGUUUGCAAGUUUUUUAUAACCUCAAACAUAUGGCUAAGAAGGCGAACGAAGUAGUUAAUAAUGUAAUUGAGGAUGUUGUUCGAAAUAUCAAACAUGUCGUCAAUAUGCAAUCUAUUCAGAAAGAGGUCAAAGGCUUACUCCCAACUUCUAAUACGGGCCCGCGAAGAGUCAAUAAUGAGCCGACUUUUGGCAACCAGGCAGUCUGGGCACAGGCAGUGUGGGGCAGAAUGGAGAAAUUGAUGGAUGUCUUUAGUGAAUCUUGUAUCAAGAUCAAGGUGUUGGAGCGUGUUCUUGAGAUCAAAAGAGACCCUACUACCCAUGUUCCUUUCCUAGAGGAGGUUGUCAAGUUGAUGGAAGAUGGAAGUAACCUUGUUAAUCAUUUCUGGAGAGUAUUGUCUGUCAAUUUCGAACGAGAGAUCCGCGAAGCAACAAAAGCUUCUGUUUUCUUACAGAAUACUCUAGUUGGAGAGUAUCCAAAGCUGCUUCGCUAUCUCCACACCUUUUUCUCCCGAGUAGCUAUACAUGACGGAAUGGCAUUGUCUGAAUACUCUCAAAGCCCAGAAUAUGUGAUCAUGCUGCGAACUAUGUCGAGCCUUGAAUCAGGGUUCCUGGCUCGCUCUCUCAACCGUAUGUACGAACCCAUCAACACAGCGUUUCCUGCGUAUGGUGGUGCAUCUAGAGUACCUCCCGGUCGAACAGAAAAUCUGUUAAUUGUUCGUGCAAUCAGCAGCGAACUUGAAAUGGCAAAGUUUGACAAUACGCUAGUCAGAGCAGUGGCUAAGAAUGCAGUAAAGGCAAUGAACAUGUAUAACGUGAAAUGCGAAGCACUGGUUAAUUACGAUCCAUCUAUAUAUCAUGUAUCGCAAACCAAGAUAAUAUCAACACCUUUGAGCAUGAACUUUAGCAUUAUCAAUGGAGUAUACCUGAUGUACCAAUCUAUGUGGAAGGCCAUUGAGGAAUUCCCUGACGCAAUCAUCGACUUAAUGAAGGAUGGUGUAGAGGGUUUCCGGAGAUUGAUGCUUUCCAUUGUUCAACCUCUGAUCGAGUACACAAAAAACGAUCUGGAUAAUAUUCUGUACGGGAUAGACAAAGAAGAUUUUUCAAGUUCAUCACAAAAGCCAUUCGAUCCUACUGAGGAGGAUUCUGGAAGUGCCUAUAUAUUAGAACUGACAGAUCGACUACGUUUCAUACAAUCCGAAAUGUUUGGAAGAUUUUCGUGCGGAACUGAACCACGGUCAUGGGCAAUUCAGAUCGCAAAGCGAAUAAUACACGUUUUCAUCUUUCAAGCAAGUUUAGUACGGCCAUUGAGCGAAGUUGGAAAGUUGAAACUGGCUGCGGAUAUGGCUCAACUUGAAUUCGCUGUGAGCCAGUUUGUGAGCGAACACGGCGUUACUUUAGACCAAAUUGGAGAUGAGUACAAGGCACUCCGGGCGAUUCGACCUCUCCUCUUCUUAGACACCUCGCAACUAUCUGCUGCACACCACACUGCCAACGUGCCUGACCUCAUCAUCCUCCACCACUUGAUUGUUCGAUCACCGCUUAAUACGCUACCACUUCCCCACAAAUACCACCAUAUGUCCAAGCCAGAGUAUAUGAAAUGGGCCGACAAGCAUAGUGAAAGCGAGACGAUCAAGUUUGCAAUUGAAGGAGUACAAUCUGGUGAUAGUAAACUUCUUGAAUAUCGAUUGAUUAUGGACCGGUUUUCAGAUCAAUAAGUAAAUAAUGAUGGUAAUAAAAAUAAGUCUGCCAAUGAGUUCAGCAAAUUUUUGGUAUGCCCCUUUUUAAAAAGUGAC